AUGCCAGAGAUCGAAGAGACGGCCGGCAAAGUCAUGCCGGAAGCCUUGUUCGGAAAAUAUGAACUCGGAAAGCUGCUCGGCUGUGGCGCCUUUGCUAGGGUCUACCAUGCGAGGAACAUUCGAACGGGACAAAGCGUAGCCAUCAAGUCCAUUAGCAAGCACAAGAUCAUCAAAGGUGGCCUUGUCUCACACAUCAAGCGUGAGAUAUCCAUCAUGCGCACGCUGCGCCACUCCAACAUCGUCAAGCUCUACGAAGUCCUCGCCACCAAAACCAAGAUCUACUUCGUAAUGGAGUUUGUCAAAGGCGGUGAGCUUUUCUCCAAGGUUGCCAAGGGUCGUCUCACCGAAGAUCUCAGCCGUCGUUACUUCCAGCAAUUGAUAUCCGCCGUCGCUUACUGCCAUUCCCACGGUGUUUUUCACCGCGAUCUGAAACCUGAGAAUCUCCUCCUCGACGAGAACGGUGACCUCAAGGUAUCGGACUUCGGACUUAGCGCCGUAACGGAACAGAUUCGAAACGAUGGGCUGUUGCACACACUCUGCGGUACGCCCGCAUACGUGGCACCCGAAAUUCUAUCUAAGAAAGGUUACGACGGGGCCAAGGUGGAUAUCUGGUCCUGCGGCAUCAUCCUCUACGUCUUGACUGCCGGCUAUCUCCCCUUCAACGACCCCAAUCUCAUGGUAAUGUAUCGGAAGAUUUACAAAGGAGAGUUUCGGUGCCCAAAAUGGAUGUCUCCGGACCUCAAACGACUCCUUUCCCGCCUUCUCGAUACCAAUCCAAACACGAGGAUCACCGUUGAUGAGAUCCUCCAAGAUCGGUGGUUCAGGAAGGGCUACAAAGAGGUUAAAUUUCAGGAGGAGGAUUUGUUCUGGGAGCUUAAACUAGACAAAGACGAGUACCGAAGCGACAUGUUCCUCAACGCUUUCGAUUUAAUCUCCUUCUCUUCGGGUUUCGACCUGUCCGGUCUGUUUAACAAGUCGGAUGAGCGGGAGGAGGACCAGAGAUUCGUAUCGGCUGAGUCACCGGAGAAAAUAAUAGAGAAGCUCGAGUUGAUUUCCAGCAAGGAGAACCUAACAGUGACAAGAAAGAAAGACUGGCAGGCCGUGUUAGUGGGGCAGAAUGAUAAUUUUAUUGUCGCCGUCGAGGUGUAUCGGUUGACUGAUACUCUGGCUGUGGUUGAGAUAAAGAACCGGAGCCGUAGCGUACAGUCAUACGAGGAGAUUUGGAGUAAGAAGAUUGGACCUGAGCUGAGAAGUCUUAUUUAUCAGCCAGAAACGCUGGUUUCCGGUCAGUAA